CGCAAAACAAGCAAAAUGUUCAAGCUUCUUGUAUUCUUGGCUCUUGUAGCUUUCGCUAUCGCUGCUCCUAAAGCCGAUCCUCAAUACUUCUAUUCUGGACUUUAUGGAGGUUAUGCUGGAUUAGGAUAUGGAUAUGGAUAUGCUGCUCCUUACGCCUACGGUGGUUAUGGAGGAUAUUUCUUUUAGACAAAAAAUGUGAACUGACUGAAUAAAGUACUUAUAAGAUAA